AUGGGUCAGAAUCCUACAGAAGAGGCCGCGCCUCAUGUGUCUGGCCAGUCCAACACACCUAUGUCAGCACCUGCUCAUGCUCUCACCUUUGAGCAGGUUGCUAAGGAGCUGAACGCCAAUCUGGAAGAUGGAUUGACGGAGCAGGAGGCUAAGAGCCGUCUCGAAACCUCCGGACGCAAUGAGUUCGGAGAGCAAGAAGGCGUUCAACCCAUCAAGAUCUUGAUCGGACAGAUCGCCAAUGCCCUCACUCUAGUCCUCAUCCUCGCCAUGGCUGCUUCCUUCGGUAUUCAGUCUUGGAUCGAGGGUGGUGUCGUCGCCGCUGUCAUUCUCCUCAACAUCGUCGUUGGUUUCCUCCAGGAGUUCCAGGCCGCUAAGACCAUGGACUCCCUUCGCUCCCUCAGCUCCCCAACUGCCCAAGCUGUUCGAAACGGAAACAACCAGACCAUCCCCACUGCCGAGAUCGUCCCUGGUGACAUGGUCGAGCUCAAGACUGGUGACACUAUCCCUGCCGAUCUCCGUCUCGUCGAAGCUGUCAACUUCGAAACCAACGAAGCUCUCCUCACCGGAGAGUCCCUUCCCGUCCGCAAGGAGAUCAACAAGGUCUUUGACAACGACACUGGUCCUGGUGACCGUCUCAACGUCGCCUACAGCUCUUCGACUGUCACCAAGGGUCGAGCUCGCGGUAUUGUCUUCGCUACUGGAACAUACACCGAAAUCGGUCAGAUCGCUGUUGCUCUUCGAGGCAAGUCUUCUAAGCGUCGCCAGCCCAAGCGUAACGCUGAGGGUAAGGCCAGCGCUGCUCGUCAUGCCCAGGCUUGGACCCUGACUGGUUCCGAUGCCGUCGGUCGCUUCCUUGGUGUCAAUGUCGGUACCCCUCUUCAGCGCAAGCUUUCCAAGCUCGCUCUUGUCCUUCUCGGAACUGCCAUCGUUUGCGCCAUCAUCGUUUUGGCCGCCAACGAAUUCAAGUCUCAGCAGGAUGUCAUCAUCUACGCUGUCGCCACCGGUCUUUCUAUGAUUCCCGCCUCUCUGAUUGUCGUUCUCACCAUCACCAUGGCUGCUGGUACCAAGCGCAUGGUCCAGAGACACGUUAUCGUCCGUAACCUCAAGAGUUUGGAAGCUCUCGGUGCCGUCACCAACAUUUGCUCCGACAAGACUGGUACCCUUACCCAGGGUACUAUGAUUGUCAAGAAGGCUUGGAUUCCCGGCCGUGGCACAUACUCUCUUGGCCAGACCAACGAGCCCUUCAACCCUACCGAGGGUGAAGUCAGCCUUGCUGAGGACCAGCCCAAGAACAUCGACUUCCGUGACGAGAAGUCCUCUGGCAUCGCUGUCGACACUGCCACCCAGGUUGGCCAGGACCCUGGUCUGAUGGAGUACCUGAACGUUGCCUCUCUUGCCAACCUUGCUACUGUUCACCAAGUCGAGGGUGAGUGGCACGCUCGUGGUGACCCCACUGAGAUUGCCAUGCAGGUUUUCGCUUCUCGUUUCGACUGGAACCGUAUGCGCCUGUCUGGUGGUGAGAACCCCCGCUGGCACGAGGUUGCCGAGUUCCCCUUCGACUCCGACGUCAAGAAGAUGUCCGUCAUCUUCAAUGACAGCCAGAACAACAAGCAAUGGGUUUUCACCAAGGGUGCCGUCGAGCGUGUCAUUGAUUCUUGCCCCACCUAUGCUGCCGGUACCGAGAUUCUUGAGCUCACCGACGCCGUCAAGGCGGAUGUCAUCGCCAACAUGGAAGCUCUCGCUCGUCUUGGUCUCCGUGUCCUUGCCCUCGCCUCCCGAACGGAUAUCCCCCACGUUGAGGACAACGAGGCUGAACUCGAGCGUGGUCUCUUUGAGAAGGAUCUUAUCUUCCGUGGUCUUAUCGGUCUCUACGACCCUCCCCGUGCCGAGUCUGCCCCCUCCGUCCGCAAGUGUCACGAGGCUGGUGUCAACGUUCACAUGCUUACUGGUGAUCACCCUGAGACUGCUCGGGCUAUCGCCCUGGAAGUCGGUAUCCUGCCUACCCGCAUGAACGAGAUCCCCAAGGAUGUCGCCAAGGUCAUGGUCAUGACUGCUUCCGAGUUCGACAAGCUGUCUGAUGAUGAGAUCGAUGCCCUCCCUCUCUUGCCUCUUGUCGUUGCCCGUUGCGCUCCCCAGACCAAGGUCCGUAUGAUUGAAGCCCUCCAUCGCCGCAAGGCUUUCGUCGCCAUGACCGGUGACGGUGUCAACGACUCACCCAGUUUGAAGCGAUCCGACGUCGGUAUUGCUAUGGGUAUGGCCGGAUCCGAUGUUGCCAAGGAAGCAUCCGACAUUAUCUUGACCGAUGAUAACUUCGCCUCCAUUCUUAACGCUGUUGAGGAAGGUCGCCGUAUGUUCGAUAACAUCCAAAAGUUCAUUCUGCACGUUUUGGCCGAGAACAUUGCCCAGGCCUGUACCCUUCUUAUCGGUCUUGUUUUCAAGGAUUCCGAAAAUGUCUCCGUGUUCCCCUUGGCCCCUGUUGAGAUUCUUUGGAUUAUCAUGAUCACUUCCGGUAUGCCUGAUAUGGGUCUCGGAUUUGAGAUUGCCGCUCCCGAUAUCAUGCAGCGACCUCCCCAGAACCUCAAGCAGGGUGUCUUCACUCCUGAGCUGAUGAUUGACAUGGUUGUUUACGGUCUUUGGAUGGCCGCCCUCUGUCUCUGCUCUUUCGUUCUUGUCCUUUACGGCUUCAACAACGGCGCUGCCGACAUUGGCAGAAACUGCAACGACAGUAUCUCAGAUGGUUGUGAGAUUGUCUUCCGUGCUCGUUCCACCACCUUUGCUUGCUUGACAUGGUUCGCCCUGUUCCUUGCCUGGGAGAUGAUUAACAUGCGACGAUCUUUCUUCCGUAUGCAACCCAAGAGCAAGAAGUACUUUACCCAGUGGAUGAUCGAUGUCUGGAGAAACCCCUUCCUUUUCUGGGCUAUCAUGGCUGGUUUUGUCACCAUGUUUCCCAUCAUCUACAUCCCUGGUCUUAACACCGUCGUCUUCAAGCACGCUCCUAUCUCUUGGGAGUGGGGUAUCGUUUUCGUCGAGGCUGUCCUCUUCUUCAUGGGUAUUGAGACAUGGAAGUGGGCUAAGCGUAUCUACUUCCGCCGUCAAGCUCGCAAGUCCACAGGUGGUGUUACCGACCUGGAGGAGCGUGUCUUUGGCCAGUACUACAAGAUGGGUAAUGGCAGCAAUGACGGGGAGAAGACCUCUGUAUAG